UAAGGCCCCCCUUAUGGCAAUCGAAGCAGCCCUGACAAGAAAAACGAGAUAGUGUGCGGUUGAUCGGUCAUGCAAUCUGUCAAAUAUUCAAAAAAUAAAGUUUGUUUACAUUUUGAACCGAACGAUAGCUCUCACGAUGUACAACGGCGAAUGAUUAAAAAAAGGCUACAUCGGUGAUGAAAAUGUUGUGUGUAAUGUGUAAAAUAAACAGCCUAAAAAUUAUAAAUGGUGGUAGAAUCGACUCCGCACGCCUGAAAGCCGUUUAGGCUGUUGUGCAACCGUGUUGAGCCGGCGAUAGUUAGAAAGAGGGAAGAAAGAAUGCCCGCAAUCAAACUAAACGAUGUUUGAUCAUGGAAAACAAGUUAAAAAGCAUACAAAUCUCGCUCGCCGUUGGACGCUUGGACAAUUACAUUUACAAUCAUUCGGUGAUCAGUUUGCGAAACGUCUUGCCGCACGCCUGGUACAGGCCCUUGUUGUCCGCGUCGGUAUCGAUCGUGGACUGAUCGUUCGGCAGCGUCAGCAUCAUCACCUUCAUCUGCGGGUAGUUGUGGUACGGCACAGUUCCGGUCGCCAUCUCGAUCGCGGUAAUGCCGAACGACUAGAAGCCGUAUCCGUGGUCCCGCUCCAUCUCCUCCGGCGCCAUCCAGCACGACGCGGGCCGAUAAACGUGUGGUACACCUUCUGCCGCGACAUGUCUCCAUCGGUGGCGAGCCACGCGCUCAUCCGCUAUAUUUAAGGAGCCGUCGUCACCGGGCAGUAUGAUGGCCACCUUGAUGUCCACGUAAUGGGCAAUGCGAAAUGUGCACUCAAUUGGCAAGCGCACAGCAAGAUCCAGCAAACGUUACCGACAGUCUUUGUCGCCGUGAAAAUGCUUCUAAUGCACGGGUGAGUUGGAUUAUAACUACAAGCAUACGUUUUUUCUUUCUUCAGUUUCAGCUAAUGCCAGACGAACGAUCGAAUGACUGUUGCCUCGGAAGGGAGGUCUCAUUGCGGAUACUGACUUGGAUGUGAUGCCACCGAGUCGAUUGGUCGCAGUUGGCCCUGGUGCUUUGAAUGAGGCGACAUCGGAGAAGCUGAACGCUUCGUGGACGUGUUGUGUUUAGAUUAGGAGCGGGCGUGUUGUGUGCAGAUCUCGAUCGGCGAAGUGCUGUAGUGAUUUUGUGUAGUGAUUGUGUCUAUAUGUAUGUUUUAAGUGUGAUUGCAUUAGUUUUAUGCAACUAAAUCAUGAGCAUCGGUUUCUGUAUUGAAUACUUCGAAAGUAUUUAUACAAGUGUACAAAAUACAGUGUAAAUGGGAUGAACUAGUUUCGUUUAAAGGUGUCGAACUUUGUACGUUAUCGUAGGUCCUUUGUUUUUGUGUGGUGUGUAAACAUUAAGUAAGAUUGAUAUCAGUGCUGGAGUGAAUUCUUUACUGAAUAAAAUAGUGUACAAAUAUUGUUUUAAAAAACUGUGUGUUUUGUGUAU